CCUCCCAGCCCGCCGGCCUCGCCGCCUCCCGCCCUUGCGCACCGCUGCUUUCUGCCACCGCCGCCGCUGCUCGCGCGGGGCGCUGCUCGGGAGUCGGGCCGCCGCCGCCGCCGGCUUUGUGCUACCAGCAGAGGAUGGGAGCGAUCUCUUCCUGAUCGAGAGCCGUCUCAAAAGGGAGUGAGCGCACCCGAUCGCCUGGCGGCGUGCAGGACCGGGGAAGGAGAUCCAUCCACAAGGCUCAGCCCAGGUUGGAACAGUUGGAAGUUUUGUUGUACAACAUGCUUCGAUUAAGUCUCUCACCCAAUGUUUCAAUGGGAUUUCGCCUAGUAGUUCUGGUGGCUCUCUUGUUAUCCCAUGUUGACCAUAUAACUGCAGAUACAGAGGCAGAAACAGGAGGAAAUGAAACCGCUGAAUGUACUGGCUCAUAUUACUGUAAGAAAGGAGUGAUUUUGCCCAUUUGGGAACCCCAAGACCCAUCUUUUGGGGAUAAAAUUGCUAGAGCAACUGUGUAUUUUGUGGCCAUGGUUUACAUGUUCCUUGGAGUUUCUAUUAUUGCCGACCGGUUUAUGUCCUCUAUAGAAGUCAUUACCUCUCAAGAAAAAGAAAUAACGAUAAAGAAACCGAAUGGAGAAACCAGCAAGACUACAGUGAGAAUCUGGAAUGAGACUGUGUCAAACCUGACCUUGAUGGCCCUGGGAUCUUCUGCUCCUGAGAUUCUCCUGUCAGUCAUUGAAGUCUGUGGCCAUAACUUCACAGCAGGGGACCUUGGUCCCAGCACCAUUGUGGGAAGCGCUGCCUUUAACAUGUUCAUCAUCAUUGCACUUUGUGUUUAUGUGGUCCCUGAUGGAGAGACAAGGAAGAUUAAGCAUUUGCGCGUGUUCUUUGUGACAGCCGCCUGGAGCAUUUUUGCCUAUACCUGGCUUUAUAUAAUUUUAUCUGUCAGCUCUCCUGGUGUGGUAGAGGUCUGGGAAGGCUUGCUUACUUUCUUCUUCUUUCCCAUCUGUGUUGUGUUUGCUUGGAUAGCAGACAGGCGACUUCUCUUUUACAAGUAUGUCUACAAGCGGUACAGGGCUGGCAAGCAGAGGGGGAUGAUCAUUGAACAUGAAGGAGACAGACAAGCUUCCAAAACUGAAAUUGAAAUGGAUGGGAAAGUGGUCAACUCUCAUGUUGACAAUUUCUUAGAUGGUGCUCUGGUUUUGGAAGUUGAUGAGAGGGACCAAGAUGAUGAGGAAGCAAGGCGUGAGAUGGCAAGGAUUCUGAAGGAACUUAAGCAGAAGCAUCCUGAGAAAGAAAUUGAGCAAUUAAUAGAAUUAGCUAACUAUCAAGUCCUAAGUCAGCAGCAAAAGAGCCGAGCAUUUUACCGGAUUCAAGCUACUCGCCUGAUGACUGGAGCUGGCAACAUUUUGAAGAGGCAUGCAGCUGACCAAGCAAGGAAGGCUGUCAGCAUGCACGAAGUCAACAUGGGCAUGGCUGAAAAUGACCCAGUCAAUAAGGUCUUCUUUGAGCAAGGGACAUACCAGUGUCUAGAGAACUGUGGUACUGUGGCCCUCACCAUUAUUCGCAGUGGGGGGGACUUGUCCAACACUGUGUUUGUUGACUUCAGGACAGAAGAUGGCACAGCCAAUGCUGGGUCCGAUUAUGAAUUCACGGAAGGGACUGUGAUCUUCAAACCAGGAGAGACCCAGAAGGAAAUCAGAGUUGGCAUCAUUGAUGAUGAUAUCUUUGAAGAAGAUGAAAACUUCCUUGUGCAUCUUAGUAAUGUCAGAGUCUCUUCAGAAGUUUUGGAAGAUAGCAUACUAGAAUCCAAUCAUACGCCUACAGUUGCUUGUCUUGGGUCACCCCAAACUGCCACCAUAACCAUUUUUGAUGAUGACCAUGCAGGCAUCUUUACAUUUGAGGAACCCGUGACUCACGUGAGCGAGAGCAUUGGCAUCAUGGAGGUGAAGGUGUUGAGAACCUCUGGAGCUCGAGGAACUGUUAUUGUUCCCUAUAAAACUAUUGAAGGCACAGCCCGAGGUGGAGGGGAAGACUUUGAGGACACCUGUGGAGAGCUCGAAUUCCAGAACGAUGAAAUAGUCAAAACAAUAUCAGUCAAGGUAAUCGAUGACGAGGAAUAUGAGAAAAACAAGACCUUCAUCAUUGAGAUUGGAGAGCCCCGUCUGGUGGAGAUGAGUGAGAAGAAAGGUGGCUUCACAUUAACAGGAGAAGAGAUGUAUGGCCAACCUAUCUUCAGGAAGGUUCAUGCUAGAGAUCACCCGAUUCCCUCUACUGUAAUCAACAUCUCAGAAGAAUAUAAUGACAAGCAGCCACUGACCAGCAAAGAAGAGGAGGAGAGGCGCAUUGCAGAACUGGGGCGCCCCAUCCUAGGCGAGCACACCAAGCUGGAGGUGAUCAUCGAGGAGUCUUACGAAUUCAAGAGCACUGUGGACAAACUCAUUAAGAAGACGAACCUGGCUCUUGUGGUGGGGACCAACAGCUGGAGAGAGCAGUUUAUUGAAGCCAUCACCGUCAGUGCUGGGGAAGAUGACGAUGAUGAUGAAUGUGGGGAGGAGAAGCUGCCCUCCUGUUUUGAUUACGUGAUGCACUUUCUCACAGUGUUCUGGAAGGUUCUGUUUGCCUUCGUCCCACCUACAGAAUACUGGAAUGGCUGGGCCUGCUUCAUUGUCUCCAUCCUCAUGAUUGGCCUAUUGACAGCCUUCAUUGGAGAUCUGGCUUCCCACUUUGGCUGCACCAUUGGUCUCAAAGAUUCUGUGACUGCAGUUGUGUUUGUCGCUCUUGGAACCUCAGUGCCAGACACAUUUGCCAGCAAAGUAGCAGCUACCCAGGACCAGUAUGCAGAUGCAUCUAUAGGCAAUGUCACUGGAAGCAACGCUGUGAACGUCUUCCUGGGAAUUGGCGUGGCCUGGUCCAUUGCUGCCAUCUACCAUGCAGCCAACGGGGAACAGUUCAAAGUGUCCCCCGGCACACUAGCUUUCUCUGUCACUCUCUUCACUAUUUUUGCUUUCAUCAAUGUGGGGGUGCUGCUCUAUCGGCGGAGGCCAGAAAUAGGAGGUGAGCUGGGAGGGCCCCGGACUGCCAAGCUCCUCACAUCUUCCCUGUUUGUGCUCCUGUGGCUCUUGUACAUUUUCUUCUCCUCCCUGGAAGCCUACUGCCACAUAAAAGGCUUCUAAAGGAACAAUAAGAUAUAGUAAAUUUAUAUAUAUAUGUAUACAUAUAUAUAUACAUAAAAAUUAUGUAUAAUGAACAGAGGAAACUGACAUUUUUCAUGUUCACUUAACCUGCUGAUGGAAUCCAGCUUCAAGAACAUCUGUACUAGGCCAGAAGUCAGAAACCAUCAUCUCCCAUUCCCGGGCAUCAUCGAGUUGAACAAGGCAUGGAGGCAGGGCCAUCUUGCAGCUCGUCCUAGAAGAGCUAUACUCUCUCUGAGUUCAUAAAUGGUUAAGGCUUUUAUUUGUUUUCUUGUUUUGUUUUGUUUUGUUUUGUUUCGUUUCCAGUGGUGGGGGAGGGAGAGGGAGGGAGGUAGCUGAUGUUUGGCUUUCAGUUUUUGGUUUGGUUUUGCUUUGUUUUGUUUGGAGGGGCAAGAUCCUACUUCUCCUUGUAGAAAGUGGUGAUUCACCCAAAGGUGAGUGGAUUUGGGAUCAAUAGUAAAAUCAUUAAGAUUCUCUCCUCACCUCCUCCAAACACUUUGAACAUUACUUUGGAUUAAGGAAGGAUCUGAGCAUGAAAGAAGAAAAACACACAUCUUCACUAUAUUCCCAAAUUUUAUGCUUAUCUCCGGAAUGUGAACAGUGGUGAACUGCCUCCAGGAAGAAGCAUGAGAGCUGAAAAGGAGCCAGGAAAAGCAAUGGUUCUAGAUGUAGUCUAAGGAUACGGUUGGUACCUGGCACCCUUGUUCAACAGAUACAGGGAUAAUGUGCUAGAUUCCCAGGAACUCGUAGAACUCUUCAUCCUUUAUCUCUAGCUCUGAACUGUGAUUAGCAAGACCCUUAUUCCUUCUAGCCCAGCCUGUUCCCCAGGUUUUCCAUCCCAGACCUCCUCCUGCCCUCUACCCAGCCCUUGCAAGCAGAAAGAUUAACCCCACACCCAAGCCCCUACCAUUUCAGUCAUCACAUGUGUCCAGGUCCCACGUUGCUAUGGCCUGGGAUUUUCCAUCAGUUUUAUUUUCAGUGGCAUCCAUGGCUUGCACAAUCCUGUUCCAGUCAUGACUGAACAUUUGCCCUCCUUCAUGUGCCUGUUUGGGACUGUUGUCGUGAUUCCCCAUUACGCAGUGCAUGGACAAAAAAGAAAAUUAAAUAAAAUAAAACAAAGCAUAUCUGUAUAUAGUAGAGUAUAGCAAAUACUGUCCUCCCAUUCAGCAAUGUUGAUUGGACAUUGAAGAUAUAAGUGAGUUUUCUUUUCACCUGAGUUGUUCCUUUUUGAGUUGUUACUGAGUUUGGAUAUUAAUAGGGAUAAAAGAAGAAAAUGGCUUAUUGUUCAUGAAUCUGCACGCUCAUUUCUAAGAAGCAAUAACUGUCAUGUAAUGAGAGAUUAAUGUUAUUGAGAAGAUAGCAGGCAAACUACAAAGAUGUCUAUGAAAUAGUAGCCAUGUAGAGCACAUGAGAGGCCUCUGAGAAUCACCCAUUAAUUCAGGUAGGCUAAGAAGAAAGGCUGGGGAGACAAUUGGAUGCUUUGGAUGUGCCUGGACUUUUACAGCCACCAUUUCCACACCACCCCUCCCCCAAAGUAUUUAUUGCACAUCUGCUCUGUCUGGCACAGAUGAUAGAUAGUGCUAGUUCAUUUUUUUAAUGGAAAGGGCUGUUUUGAGCCCUGUUUUGUUCACCUCUCAGUCCAGACUCCCUGAAUUUCUUAACUCCUGAGUGGAAGAGAAGUCUGAGUGACCAGUGGGACUUUAGAGAUCUACUGGGUAUGACUAAGAGGAAGUUACUCAAAGAGACUGGGGAGUGUUUAACACUUUGAAAGGAAUAGCUCUUUCCAUUCAAAAAUACCAAAGAGCCAAGAUAAACCCAACAUUCCAAAAGCUGCGAUUCUACUAAUAGGAAAAGGGAUGGCUUGGCCAUCUCUCAGACACUUCUCUGAGCCUCUCUGGCCCUCUGCAUUGACUCCAGAUAUUUAAGAAAUAAAUGUAGCUGAGAAUUCCUUUCCCUUCUUCCACUCAGUGAUCAUAGCCACUCAUUGUUUAACCCACAUUGAGUGAAGAGAGACUUGUUGCCCAUUCAAUAAGCCAGGUAAUACUACAACCUGGGAGCUGAACAGUGACCAAGACAGCCCAAAUUCCUGCUCCCCAGAGUAUGUAGUGAAUGGGAUUCCUACUGAAGAGUAAGAGUUGACACUGAGACAGUUUUUAUCUUGCAAGAGAAAAAUAAUUAUGACUUUUAACAUAGGCACAUUAAAAUUGCACAACAAAGGCAGUUGACCAAAUGCUCAUGUUUUGUUUUUCCUAAAAGAAUGUAACUUUUAGCUCUGGAAAAGCACUCUCUAUAGCCUUGGCCGGCUGCAGGUAUUUUCAUCUUCCUAAUUUAGACCACGCAGGGCACUAUGGUGGUGACCAAUAUCACUCAUUAGCCAGUUUUUAGUCUCUGUGGCAAUGGUACCUUUCCAUAACAAUACUCCACAGGCCACCAACAGUGAUGACACUGGGGACUCCUCAGUGGAGUCCUCUAAGCCAUCCUGUUUUGAUUGUUUUAAUCUUAAUUUUAGAUUUUAAAAGUGGAAAGCUAGCCUAGAAAUACCCAGUAAAUAUAGUCAAAGGAUACAUGUAGUUAAAAACCUUAGAAAGAUUUUGCACUGGUUUUUGUUUCAUUCUGUUUUGUUUUGUUUUUAAGCCAUCUUUGGACUGUCAAUAAUUCUGUAGUGAAUUUUCACAGAGAACUUCCCAAGAACUUCUUGCUGUUGGCCAGUUUCAAGUUCAAGCUUUUUGGUUUGUUUGCCUUUUUAGUCUUUAUGCUGUAGGGAAAAUCUGAUUCUGGAUGUUCAGGGUUCUUAAUUAUUAUGUGUAAGUGAAUUCAUUUUAUUUGUUUGAUUAUUUUUAUUUUGUGUGUAUUGUGCACGGCUUUAGGGGGACAGUCUCGCACAGUGCUGUUCCUGACAAUUGGUACACAUUAUUGACACAGAAAAAAAAAUAAUAAAGUUUCUAACUGUUUGAGAUUUCAUCACCAGUGGCACAGCAUGUUCUGUACUGUGGAAUGUCCCCUCUCCUCACUGUCACCUACUUCAUUUUCGGUUGUUUGUUUUCAUGCUCUGAAGAAAUAAAGACCAAAAAGGUAUCCUUGUGCAAUCGAUAUCCUCAUCCAUGGGAAAAGAGACAGCCAAAAUCCAAACUCAUAUAAAUGUCAGCCCUUUGCUCAUACUGUGUUUAGAUGGCCCAUGAGCAGCACAUGGAGUCAGAAUGUUUGUCUGUCCUGUGAUGCUGUGAUAAGCACUGGGUGUGCCUUCUUUUCACCUCCUUUCCACCUUCUAAUUUAACUCUAUCUUCUUGCUUUCUGCAUCCAAGGACAUGAACUCACAAGCUAUUACUUGUUGAGCAACUUUUAUCACCCAGCACAUUGUAGUAAAUCAUGCCACCCAUCGCACUGGUUUUUGAAAGUAUAGCUACUUCCCAAGGGACAAGCAACUUGUUCACUUAGUAUCUUAUAUUGUAUUUCUUCUUAUUCCUAGAACAACUUCUUCUUUAUGUUGAUAAUUUCUGAUCCUAUGAAUUAUAUAAGUCACUGACUUUCAUAUCUCAUGCAAUCAAAAGAGCACAGGAAGAGGUGACACCAGACAUAGAAUAAGAAUUGUGGGGAGGAGUGCUCUCUUGCUCUGGUAGAAUCUGGACACUAGAUACAUGCAAAUCACUCUUUGUUCAUCUGAGCAUCGUAAAGUUUCCCACAGGCCCUUUCAUCACAGCAUCGUGUAGGUAUGUGUGGCACACUUUCAAGGGUGAAAAAAAAAAUGAGGUACAACUUAAACACUUCUUGAAUCAGAGAAUUGGCAUGUCUCCUGAAUAUUGAUCUUUAAUUUCAUAUAAAAUUGGCAGCCUGAGUUUGCUUCUUGAAUAAAAACCAAAAUGAAUAUUAUAGUGAGGAUCCUUGGCCAUUUAAUAGACCUCAGCAAAAUUCUCUGGCUGAUUGAAUCUCAAGUGCUUACAAGCAAACAUUUAUUUGUUGACAGAUUCUGAUUUGAUUCAUCCAACCUUGAAGAUUUCAGAGAACCUUGCUUUCUAUAGUAUAGUAUAGUAUAGUAUGGUAUAGUAUAGUGAAAUUUUGUAAUUUCGUAUAGUAUAUGAAAUUUUGGUUGUAAUUGUUUUUCAAAUAUAAGAUUAACAUACAAUUUAUACUGUUCAGAACAAGUCUGCAGGGAUGGAUAGGUAGCUUGCAACUAACUGAUGAGCACCUUCUUCCUAAGAAGUGAUCUCAAACAAAUAGAAACAUGCUCUUUCUACUGCCAUUUGUAACCAGGCAUCCUCCACUGGAAACUCUAUGCUCUCACAUUCCUGGUUUUAAUCAAAAGAAAGAAAGAAAGAAAGAAAGAAAGAAAGAAAGAAAGAAAGAAAGAAAGAAAGAAAGAAAGAAAGAAAAAGAAAGGAAGGAAGGAAGGGAGAAGAUCUAGAUGCUCUUACAUCUGAGAGCUUUGUAGAAAAAAUGAUAGAAUUUUCUCUGGGAGAUGAUGAAGCCCCUCUUUUCUAAAGCAGAUCAGCUUCGUUAAGACUUCUUUUGGUUUCUCUGAGUUGAAAAUGUAGAAUCUCUCUCAAUUUUGAUUUUCUUUUUCUGAUGUUUGGCAACUAUAACCAUAACAAGUCCUGGUUGUACUUUCACGUCUUUAGGAACAUUGGGCCAUUUCACCAUUAAAAAUAUCCAAUUCAUUCUAACUUACAAGUAGCAUCCAGCAGUCCUUACAAUAAUCAUGUCUUUUGGCCAAGGUAUUCUAAGCAUUGAUGAAACUAAUAAGUGAUGCAUGUGAAUAUUGGUUGGGAAAUUAGUGGCGUGACACAUAGAAGAGACCUACAAAAUCACAUUUAUUAUACUGGAGGUAUGUGUUCUUGUGGAUAGAUCUGGUAAUGUGUGCUCAUGUCUCCUUACAGAUUUUGUUUUAUAACAGAUUAGGGAUUUUUUUUUAUUCUUUUCAAACACUAUUAUUGCUAUAGCUAUUAUUGUCACAUAUUCUAGCAUAUUUCAAAUGUUUGCAUUGAAUACUGCUAAUGGUACUCUAUCUCCAGGGAUACCCUAGGAAAGAAACACAAGUGAAAUCGUUAGGCGUUUCAUGUUUAAUAUUUAACCAUGGGUAACAAUUUCACAAAGCAGAGAAUGUCCUUCCUGCAGAAGGGCAAAGCACUGAGGGGUCGAGCUCCCAAGAGAGACAGAAUGUGCUUUCACUCUCCAGCCCACAGGAAAUGGUAAGUAUGCAGCUUGUUGUUCGCAGCCUGCCAAGGUGUCCAAAGACAUGCACUCAGAGAAACUGUGGAUUUUCAGUUUUUUCAAAGGUUCUCUGAUCUCAUUGCCUCAAGGGGCAUUUAAGUAGAUGGGUUUGUAAAUCAUUAUUUUUUAUAUACCCACUCUGACGAAAGACCAUCAUUUCUUAGUGUACCCUUUCCUUUCCCUGUAGCCAAACCUUGUAAUUCUUUCAUCGGUUACCCUUGAUCCAUGCAGUAGACUUCAUGAUGUGCCUGGAAUUACUUCUCAGCAAUAGGGGAAAGCUCACACUGUAAGGAAUUGCUUGGGAAUUUUUCUUCUAGAAGCAAACUUGUCAUAGAAAAAUCAAACUUGAUGACUUUUCACAGACAUUAGAGACAUCUUGUGUUAUCUCUACAAAUAGGAACAGACUUUAGAACAGUGGUAUCUCUACAAAUGCCUGAGGUAUAUACUACCCUAGAGUUCUGUGCUCCUUUAUUGAUUUUAUCUCUCUUGAGGCCAUGUUUAUUUUGCCCCUGUGUCCAUUCCACAGCCUAUUCUAUCAAUAUAUGUAGGUACAGAAUGGAAAAGAACAAUAUACAUGUCUCCAAGCCCCACGGGAGUGUCUCUAAAGCUGUCCUAUGUAAAACAGAAUAAUGCAUAUGAUCCUAAGAAACAUAAGUGGGUAAAGUGCUCACUGGAUACUGUGUUUCAGGUAUGGAAUGGGUAGGAAAAUUCACAUUAGUGACCAAAUAAACCAAGAAAGAAAUUAGCAAACUUAAGAGUUGCUGGAUCAGUUUUGAUAGUUAAUUCACAAAGUCCGACCCUAGUAGUCGGUGUGGUGCAUAAUUUCAGGUAUGCUCAGCCAAAUCUAAAAAUGUAUUGGAGGAAGCAAAAGCUAGUUUAUUAGGAUGGUUACAUAGCCCUCUCUACUGGAACUCCUUGCCAGUGAGCUUAUUAUUUACAGAACUUUUUCUUAGACUCCCUUGAAAACAUAGAGUAGAGGAGCUGAAGUCUGCAAGAAGGAGAUCUUUUCUAAAAGUGUGAUUUUUGGUUUGUAAUGCUCCAGCCUCUAUUGUCAAGAACAUAAUCCUGAGUUUUCUUUCCAAGUGGGAGAAUUACUCUUAUUAGUAAAUGUAUUAAAUUAAAUCAAAUAUGUAACUGCUUCAUAAAAUAUUUUACUGAAGGAAUAAACUAGUUAGUAUAAAUAUCCAUGAUAAAAAUCUUACUGGUUGCUUUUGUGAAAAAUUAUACUCUUUGUGAAUCUUUCUCUACACUUAUAAAUCCAUUUUAGCAAACAUUAUACUUGAAAAAUAUCCAAAAGAAAAAUCUUGGGAGCUUUUUAUACUGCAUUGCAAUAAUACACAGAGAAGAAAGUUGUGUGGUUAUGAUAAUGAUGUGGAUGAGAAUUAUCUACACUGUUGACAAGAUUAUAGUUUUAAAUGAAAUAGUUUGGCACAAAAAAAAUGUGUUAAGUAGGAUUUCAUCAUGUAUUACCCCUGUUUAAGAUAUCUGAAAGUCAUUAUCUUUAAGUAAGAAAGAUUCUCAUUUUCCUGAGACAACUGUAUAACUUAAUCUUAUUCUCAGGUUUAACAUGAACGUCAAAGCUGGGCAUAUAUACUUUUUGGCUUGGACAAUGAAAGAAAAAUAUAUUUUUUCUUUCCACAGCAUUGAAUUAUUUUAAAGAAUACAUUAGGUCUGUGCAGAUGUCUCAUAAAAUAUGUUUGACAAUUUUCUUCCACUUUUAAAUGUACAAUUCUAAAUUACUCAACUUGGUAACCUAAUACUUCUCCAUUUUAAAGGACAACUCCAUUUUGACAUUGUUACUAAUAUUUGAGAACUAAUUAUAAUUUGGAUCAAUACAUAGGAGGGGAUGUUGAACUUGAACCUAGCCCCAUUACCAUAUGGUCCAGACAGAUCUCCCAGUGACUAAGUUUUAGAUGAACCAGUCUUAGACAAUAUAGGAAUGUGAAUAAUGUUUCUUAGUCUUUUUUUCUAUCAAAGGUUUGCCUUUUAAGCAGUGUAAUAACAACUUUAGAAGAGUUGGAUUACCAGUUGCAAGAUUCUUUUUCUUGGAAUUGUUUUAUUAUUUGAACACACCUCUACCUUAUUUCUCCCAUACCAUAGGGAUAUGCACAUUAAAAGCAAAAAUACAUUUUUCGUGUUGAAUAACCUAAACUGUAUUCUGCACAUUGCCCCAAAAUUCAUGUAAGGUUAAUUUUCUUUCAUAAAUGGAACCAAGUACAAAGAAGGAGUCUUAUUCUUCAGGUAAAUGUACACAGUUGUUUGAGAAUUGUUUGGAAAGUAGGUAUCUUCCCAAGAUAGAUGCAAAUGUCUUAAAGGAAGAAAUUCAUUUCUAUUCCUUUUGUUUGUUUAACAAGUGUUUUAGAUAGGAAGUCCUUAGGGUUAAUUUGAUUCCUUCUGCUGCCUUUGAUUGUGAGCAUUGAAAACUGUCCUUGGGGGGAAAAUAAUCUGGUCAAGGUCAACUUCUGGAAGUUAAUAGGUGAGAUUUUGUAUUUUCCCUUGAGAGAUGGAACCAAGCAGGCAAGCAACCAUGUGCCAGUUAACAUUUUCUGGAAAUGUAUUUUGGCAUGUUGGGAGAAAAGGCAGGGGUCCUCACCCAACCUGUCUGCUGCUAUCUCGUCACCCAACACUCAGCCUGUGGAUCUUUCACUAGUUCUGGUUAAGGUCAGACACUCCCAAGAGAGCCAGCCUCCAUCUUUCAUAUGUGUUGAUUGUAUUGUCUGGCAUUUCCUCUCCAAUAUCCUACUAACAAGCAAACUAGACUGACCAACCAAUUGCCCAUGAGACUUCUCCAUGGAGUACUCUCGGAGCAAGUGAUGUAAUUGAAUAGGUGAAAAGCCUUUGGAAUUCAUUUAUAAUUGGAUUCUCAGAAAUGUUUGUCUUUGAAGUUUCUGUUCCAAGCUCUGAGAACAGGGUUCCUGCUGUCAUCAGUAUCUUAUAGGAACUUUGACCCUCCAGUGGUUACAUCAUUAGUAAAAUGAAAAUAAAAUUGCUUUAUUACUACUCAGGAUUCACUUAUCGGUGUUCAGAGCUUCCACUAACCAACAUCACAGGAUUGACAAAGGAUCAGAAAUAAGCCAAAGAGGCAUACAAUUGCCUCAUCGUUAUUGAAUUUCUUUCUACUGACUACUACUACUACUACUACUAUUAACUACUAACUACUACUAAUUACUAAGUAACUGCUACUAACUACUAGUCUUCAUUCAGGAUCACUCACUGACUUUCCAUUCUGUUCAGGUUUUAAAAAAUAAAAAUAAUUCAGUCAAGCCAGUAGAAAAGUUUCAAAAUCAGAAUUUCAUAAACUUCAAGCAUUUAUUUUGCUAAUUAUCAUAAAGUAAUGAUGACUUAAGAAACAACACUGGCCCUGGAUUUAAUAAGAUUCCAAUUACAGUAUUCUAAUUAAAUUAACCUUUCAUUUUGGUCUAAGGAUAUUUUAUUAGUGUGAGAUUCUUUAAUGGGGUCAUUCUGAAACUGAUCAAAGAACUUCCCUUUAAGAAUGGUUUUCUUAACUUCACAUUCUGUAUUUCACCAUCAAGAUGAAUGGAUUCAGGCUCAACUAGCACAUCCCAGAGUCUUCUAUGAGCCAGUCACUAUGUGAGGCACAUAUCUGGUUUGUUAGCUAACAUUUCAAGUUGUGGAAAGCUUGCUGUUUGCAUCAUUUGCCUCAUCAUUGUUGAAGUUCUGUCUUCUACUACUACUAACUACUACUAACUACUAAGUAAUUGCCACUAACUACUAACACUGAAUGUUUUUAGCUUGGAAGCAUCUACCUGUUCUUUGAGCUAAAACUUCAGAGCCCUCAUCAACUGACAGCACCUAGAGAAGGGGACCACAGCUUCUCUCUCUGAGCACACAGUGCUCUCUCCAUUUGAAUGGCUGUUGUCAUCAGAGUGGAGACUCUUUGGAAAAGUAGAUCUAUUUGCUUCAGAAGGUCAUGGAUCUUCAGAUUGCUCUGGAUUUGAGUCUUCUCAUUGCUCCAUGAGAGAUGAUGCACAGCUUCAUGUCGCUUUUUCUGAAACACAUCAAUGCCUCAUGGUGGGCAGCUUCUUAUUUCCUUCCACUUGUAGGUGUGAGCUGAAGAAACUUUAUGUGGCCAAGCAGUUGUUCCUCAUCAUAUUUGAUUGUCAGAACAAAUGCCAAACCUAUCAAGCCACGUGCAUCUGGGAGGAACUAAAAAUUUAUUUUAAAAUAAUUACUUGUACACCGCUGGGUGUGGGGAUCUUUUCCCUGAAGAGAGAGAGUAGGAAAUUUCCCCCAUGUGAAAAAGCAUCCAAAAGAUUAGAAAAGAUUUCAACUCAGUGACCUUCUUAAGGGCACAACCAUUCUUCUUCCAAAGAUGACCUUUCAAAUUUACUUUUGUUUUUCCAUUUCUUAAGCUUUCGAUCAGAUAGGAGAAAGAGAUUGUCAAUACUGUUUUCUACUAAGCUAUAUGAAUUAUAAACAAGCCAUACAGUGGCCAGCACCCACCCCACCCCACCCCAAGUUUAUUUAAAGAUAUAAGUAUUGUAAAGGAAAAGGAAAGCAGGAUGCCAUUUGCUACAGAUUUAAUUGUCUUUUAAAUAGCCUCUUUGUUGUAGAAAAAUGACUAUUCCAGAAGAUGUCACAAAAAGACUUCUUAAGUCAUGAUCUGAAAUUGCACAUAAAACACAGAAUGAGCAUUUAGACUUUUUCACAAGGAAAGGAAGAGAAAAAAAACAAACAAACAAACAAACCAAACAAACAAAAAACAAAAGAAAUGGAGCUCUGCUUAUGUAAACAAAGAACAUUUCCCGUGGCGUGAAUGUAAGCUUUCUCUUAAAGGCAUCCCAAAUGGAAUGUCUUAAGAAAUGACAAAACUAUUUCAACAUAGUGGGAGGAACGCAUCCAGCUCUAUUCAUUCUGAGCCACAGAGCCGAAUUUGUGAGGGGGAAAAAGUAAGCAAACAUCACUGACAUGUUGCAACAGAUAAAGUGGCUUUGUGAGAGAAGAAAUUUAAGCAGAUAAUGUUUUUGUUCUGCUAUAAUAAUUCUGUGGUUGAUUCUUGGAGAUAAAAACAAUUCUUCCUUUUUUCGUGCUUUUUUCCAUCUAAAGUGGAAGCUGUGCAGCUGCAGUAAAUGCAUCCCAUUUUUAAACUGCAAUGAUUUUUUUGUGUCGAAUCUGAUCCCUAUUUCAGAUUUCAUUAGGAAGUAGUAAAUUGGAACAAAAAAAUAGGGUUUUGUUUUCUUUAAAAACAAAUAUGUACCGUAAGCAUUUUCUGCUGAUGACUGCCUUAAGCAUUCCUAUUUGUGCUGUCAAUCAAAGGCAGGUCUUUGCUUGAAGACCUGAGCAAGCUCAGCCUUCCUCCCGUGGAGGCAACAGCUCAUUCAUACAAAUUCACAUCAUUCUUCUCAACUCUCUGCCACAGCCCUACCUCUUAAGCUGACCCACCUCUUCCAGACAAGCAAAUUACAACCUCUAAUGAUGGCUGCUCACAGCUUGUCCACCUUAACUCUUGCCCAUCUGAAUACCCUAGAAAGUCUCUGGAAACCUUCCCUCUCUUCAGCAUUUUCCAGGAGCCCUUGAGAUGAAAAACUUUCACGUAAGACUUUUACUAAGAAAAUACAAACAACUCAUUUAUUUGUACUCAGCCAAGAAACUGUGAACAAAUUUAGUCACCGUGUUAAUUACCCUGAUAAGGUGAUAAGGCGACUGUCACAUAAGUAGCUGGCAGAAGAGAAUUGUAAUGCUAUUACUAAAAUAAUGUUCUAUGAAGAAAGAGUGUACAGUCUUCUAGAAAUGGACUUUUAGAGUGCCAUGCUUAAUAACAUAGAAAAUUAUAUAGAAAGGCCAAACAUAAAACAUGGUUUAAAAUUAUAUUUUAUAGACAUGUUUAUUAUAUAUGCUGAUGUGUGCUUAACUUUCUAAACCUAGGAACCUUCUAUAAUUAAACCAAUACCAAUAGAAUCUAACCCUUCCUACUUGAUGCAUUUCUGGGGAGAAAGUUCAAUGUUGAUCUUCCCAUCCCACACGGUAAGGCUUUGCUGGAGGAAUGCAGUUAGGGUGACAUGGAUAACUAUGUAAAGUGUAUUUUAGAAUAAGCAACUACAGUGAUUCUUUAGUCUUUGGCCAAGCAGCAUCAAUAAUGAGUAGGAAAGCUGUGAAAUAUGCAAAUUAUCUGCUUCCACCUGAGACCCUCCCCCCAGCUCUCUAUAAAUCAGAAAUGCCAAGAGUAGGCUCCUCACUGUGGGUUUUAACAAGCUCUUUGGGUUGUUUAAAUUCAUGCUGCAAUUCAAAACCAUUGAUCCAGUCAGUGCUUUGCAUGUCUUAGGAUGAUCAAUGCCACCCCAUGUUCAACUCUGCAUUCCCCAGAAUGAAGUUUAUAGGAUUAAAUGGUAGCAUACCUGUCAGUACAAUAGACUCAGACAGUGGGUUUAAAAGUUCAUAAUUCAGAUUUAGAAUUCCAUUUGAAGGAAAGCCAACCUCACAACUGGUUUGUUGUUGUUGUUUUGAUGUUCUUGUUGUUAUUUGUUUUGUUUUGUUUUGUUUUGUUUUAAUGGGGCUUCAAGAAGUUUCUCUUCCUUGCGUCUUUCUAGAUCUUUUAAAAUAUACUAGCCGUUCAUGCAUGUUACCUGACCAUCAUAGAAUCUAGAAAAACAACUAGAAAACCUUUCUCACUGUUGAAUAAUUAGCUCUAGCUGUUAUCCUUAAUGGCAAACAAUUUUGUAGCCAUUAAGUCCUGCUGAAUGAAUGUCUUCUGGAGGAGUGGGUGUGUACUGAGAGACAGAGACUACAGGUCGGAGUUUAGGAAGCUGGUUCAAAGUAAAACACAGGGGUUAUAAAGCUUGGAAACAGCAGGUGGCGUAGUAGUCAUUCUAGGUCCCUAGGAUCAACUUCCAAGUCUCUCUUGCUGGUGUUGGGGCAAAGCCAGAGUGCUGGAUAUUCAGGUCACCUUUUGGAUAAGAACACCUUAGAAGACUUGUUAAGAUAGUGAGUUAUAUGAGAAUUUGUGCCCAUGUGUCUGUCUGUUCUCUGAACUCAUACCUGACAUUCUGAAGUACUUAAAAUAUAGACCUGUGUUUGUCCUUCCUUUUAAUCACAUAAAGCAGUUUCAAGAAUGUGCAUGCUGCUGCUGUUGCUGGUCAAGCUGGGGUGUUGAUUGUUCAUUUGCUCUGGCUGGGGGUAUCUUCCCAUUGGUGCCUUCCUUCUUGUCCUACUCCUGACAAACACACCUGACUCAUUUGCAGCUCCAGCUCAAGCAUAACCUGUUCAUCUCAGUGCUCAUCACCCGCAUCUCCACAUACAUAUUCUUUUACUCAAAAUCGGGGCCCUUCUCAGAGAUCACAUCAGCGUAGCAGGCCAUUGCAGUGAUGGGACAUAAUAUUUGCUGCAGAAAGGCCUAGGUCAGGUUCCAUGCAAUUGAUUCAAAUCCAUCACUAAAAUCCAAAGCCUUGAUAUCCUUUCUGAACUUUGAAAUGUCACCUUGGAAGCAUCCAUGGUGAACCGCCAAGGUGAAUUUGCUGUCCAUGUCUCCUUGGUCCACAGUCCAUGCACUGUGUUAUUUGCUCCAAUCCUGAAGCCUUGAAAUAAGCCUGGAUUUGAAUUGCAAAAGAGCAGGUAAACAGGUCCAUAAUGAAAGACCCUUCCUGGUAGCAUAACAAAAAGCUCUGGACUUGAGAAGGUGACAGAUGAUGGUUGUUUUUAAAACCAUCCUGUCAGUAGUCUGCAGUGAUAGAAACAGGUUAGUGAUAUAACACAUCUCUUUCCCGAAAGCCAUAAUCACCAUCACUAACACAACUGUUAUUCUAACAGGACUUCCCGGGGCUCCUUUGGGAAUUUUGUAGAUGUGUACAAUGCUCACACCAAGGAGACAUUUCAUGGCUUUCUAGACAUGAACCAGAAAAAGAAAGAAAAAAAAAAAAAGGCUGUUGUAUAUAUGCACAAAACACAGCUCAUUCCAUGAGGCAGACAAGAUGAGAGAGACUUCCGGUUAGAAACUGAUCCACAAUUGUCACAUGCCUCUGGUGGCUCCUGGUGGCAAAUUUUCCCUACUAAUCCAGUGAGUGAGUUAAGGGUAAACUGAAUUCAUCCUGAACCACUAUAAUGGGCAAUCCCUAUAGAAAGGGCCAGUAUGUCUCCGUGCCUAAAAGCUUCUCUACAAAAGAAAUGAGCACAACACCUCCCACCCCUUGCAGGCUAAAGAGGAAAGAACAGUGCGCACAGAAGUUGUACUCAGAGUAUAAGGGAUCCAUUACCACGAAGCUUCAAAGACAAAGAGGUGGGAAAGACAGACAAAAUCAGAGGCGAUCAUAGCAUAGGUGACAUAAGCAAAGCUCACAUUCCUCCAGCUCAGCCUGGAGACUGCUUGUGUCUAAGACUGUAUGUGCAAUAACUCCAUCACACUUGGAAUGCCUUGAGUGGUGGUUUGGUAGUGAUAUACAUGGGAGAAUAACUGAAGCUUUCAGUUGGAAUCUCUCAGGCCAACUGAUAUACUCUAUAAAGAUGGCUAUUUUCAGUGUGAAACACAUACACAAACGUGUACACAGCCUAUGUUAGUGAUUCUGUGGAGAAACAAAAUGUUUAACAUUCAGAAACUUUCCAGUGUUUCUGAGUUUUGCAGGAAGCAAAAGUCAGCAGGGCCAUGAUUGCUAACUGUACUAGAGUUACAGUCAUCAGAAGUGCUGUUAGAACUGCUGUGUAAGGCACCUUCUCCAACAUCAGUGUGUCAGUACUAUUUGAACUGAACUGUCAAUCUGUACUCCUGAAAUAUUUUUUCUAUCUGUGGUGGUCUAGUGUUAUCCUGAAAUAGUGAUCACACAUCUCAUGUAACCAGGAAAGAAAGUGGCAUCAUUGAAAUGUUAGAAGUAGAGGAAGUUAUUUAUUGUCUUCUGCCAAAGAAAAUUGUUUAACGAUCUUUAAAAUGUAGAUUAACUUCUUAUAUUAUGAAUGUGGUUGUAAGAAAUGCUCACUUCAUCUAUCCUUUGAAAAUGAAUCUUUUUGUGUUUCUAAUAAUCAAGGGAAAUAUUUUAAGCCAAUGUAAUACACAGAAGUGUUAAAAAAAAAGAAAGAAAGAAAGAUUCAAAUUUGAGAACUCAGUGGCACAGUCUUUCCCUCAAAUUCUUACAUCAUGCUAAGUUACAUUUGGAGACCUUAAACACACCACCAUUAAUAACAGGCUCCAAUCUCACAGAGAAAGCAUUGAAACAUUUCUCUUCACGAAGGUUGAGCCGACAGAAAUUACUGUCUAAUUUUCUUGCCCAUCGGCCACAUAUGUGUGGACCCAAAGGUCUACCAAUGUUGCACAGAAAGUUAACAGGCUGUGUACGCCAAUCUCAUCUGUGCAGUUAGCCAGAACUAGCCAUUAAACUAUAUAUUUAAAUGUUUUGUAAAUAAACUUUUGAUUACUACAGUUUUGUUCAAACUGCUGUCUUUUAAAAUUAGACUUGAUUUGAAUUUUUUAAAUAAUCUGUUAUAUUAGAUGUUGCGUUAUUGACUGUGAUUCAAUGUACACUCAGCCAUAUUCCUGUGGGAAAUAUCAGUCCUAUUGACUUUCUUGGCAUGAGCCAGAAGCUCUUAGUUUCUCUAAGGACUUUAAGUAUAAAGACAAAAAAAACAAUCAAAAUGAAAUGCUAGUGAAGAAAUAAGAAACCUAUUGUACAAAAUGUAUUUUUAAAAAUCUUAAGAUUCAUGUGAUUUACACUGCCUGUUAAUCUAGUCUUUCUGUGAAAUAACCACAGCAUAUUUGUUAAGAUGGAAACACCAAAUAUUUAUGAUCUUUGUAUAGCACCUUGUUAUAAUAUGUGACUUCAAAUGGUAAACAUGUCUAUUGUGAUCAUGUGAGCCCACAGAAGAAUAAGUUCCUGCUGUUAUGUAAAAUCCAGCUCUCAGAAUUCAGAUUCCCUGCAGCUGCUGUAUCACCAAUAAACAAGAAUUAAUUGUGAAAAAAUAAUUUUUAAGUUUAUGAUCACUGUGCAUUUUGUUAAUGAAUUCAGAGAAUUUUAUUUUUACCAGAAAUUCUCUCAGACAGUAAAUACAACUGCUGAUUUCAACCAUACUAUCAUUUCUGUGGUUUCUCUAUUCUUGAUACAACUACCAAAAAAUUGGAAGCUUGGUGCAAAGUAUGUCCUAACAAAGACACAAUCAAUGACUUUUCCUGCAUGCUGCCUGAGAUAAUAUUGUAAUUUGAAAUGUCUUAUCAAAAAAAUUAUCUCAUAACCCAAGAUGUAACUGGCAAUAUUCCUUAUGUGUAUAACAGAUGGUAUGUCAAUACCUAAAGCAAUGUCUGUCGUACAUGUAUGUUCUAUGUACUGUUUAAUCAUGUUAAACUGUAAUCUGUGAGACUGUCAUUGCCUGAGCUAGUCGAUUGUGUAACAAAUCGUUGUGUUCACUGUUUUCCUAACCUCACUGUGUUUCCUAACACUGAAAUAUAAAUGUUUGUAAAUUACUCA